AUGGCGUCCAAACGCGCCGCCAUCCCGGCCAAACACCUCUUCACUAACUUCCAAGCGACCCAACAUCCCGCCGCACGUCUCACACGAUCAAUGGCAACCGAAGCGCCCCUCUCCACAACCUCCACCCACGCCGCUCCACCCUCAAUAACAUCAACAUCAACAUCCUCCUCGUCAAAGCCAACACUAGUUGCCGGCAAAAUCCCCAAUCCCUUCCUCUCAAAAGUACCCUGCACCCUCUACACUUUCCCCUCCCUCACACCCACCUCUCUCACAAGCUACCCAAGCCAACACCUCCUCCUACCCCUCCGCCGCGACAUCCUCCACCGCGCCGUGAUUUUCGAAGGCGACGCCACGCGCCAAGGAACCGCAUCCACCAAACACCGUUCCGAAGUGCACGGUUCCGGCCGCAAAAUCCGACCACAAAAGGGCUCGGGAAGCGCACGAUUGGGGGAUAAAAAAUCUCCCAUGUUACGCGGGGGUGGAGUGGCUUUUGGACCCAAACCGAGGGAUUUCAGUACGGCGUUUAAUAAGAAGGAUUAUUGCUUGGCGGUUAGGACGGCGUUGAGUGCGAGGUAUCGGAGAGGGGAGAUGAUGGUUGUGGAGGGGGAAAUGCGGAUUGAGGGGGUUGGGGAGUGGGGGAUGGAGAGGUAUGUUAGGGAGAUGGUGGAUUGGAAUGGAUUGCAGGGGAGUUUGUUUGUGAAGAGGUUUGUCGGGGAGGAGGAUGGAUUUAUUGGGGCGUUGCAGAGUUCCAAGGCGGGCAAGGGGUUGUCGGUGGACGAGGUGGAUGUCAAGGAUUUGUUGAGUGGGAAGAGGGUGGUGAUUGAGAGGAGGGCGUUGGAGAUGUUGUUUGGGAGUUUCCAGGCGGAUCUGGUCGAGAGUAUGAGGUGGAAGAGCUCUUUCGGGGGAGAUUUGUUGGAGUGGAGUGCAUGA